CGCAUCCCAUGAGGAAUAGAUAGGAGUGACGCAGUGACGUAGACCACGCCCCUCUCAUCCGCCAACAGCCACACACACAACCACUCCGGUCAUGUGACUACACGUAACGUAACCUCUUGGAACUACAGCUCCCAGAAUUCCCUCCCCUUCCCUUUGACGUCAUGUCAAAUAUGGCGCCGUGCACGGAGCUCCCCACGUUUGCAGCACCGGCUGGAUACACAGCCGUUCCAGUUCAGUUCUCAGAGGAGCAGAACGGGCACCACUGCUUAUAUGUCAAAGAACAUCAAGUCCGAGGAGAACUGGAUAAAACCCAUCCACAGAAUCGUACCUUGUUUGUUAUUAACAUCCCGGCAUAUGUCACCACGAAUGGUUUAUCGGAGAUCUUCAAGUCCUGGGGCCAUGUUGAAUCUGUGGAACUGCUUGACAAACCAGGUCCUUCUAUGAAAAAAAAGGUGCAGGGGCAUUCAUUCUUCACCCAGAAAGCCGCUAAGGGCUUCAAAGUGGCUUAUGUUGUGUUCAAAAAAGCAACUGCGGUAAAAAAAUUCAGGCUCGAGAAAGUCCCGACGUCACUGGUCGUAUCAACAAGAGAUGAUUUUGUAAAAGCCGGAAUACACAAGUGGAUAGAGGAUUAUGAGAAUUCUUUUACGGACGUUGCUGCUCUCCAAGCUGAAAUUGAUCAGUAUAUGCAGGAAUAUGAUGCUAAACAGGCAAAGAAAGAGGACAAAGCCAAGGAAGAAGAAGGGGUACCCGAUGAGGAGGGCUGGAUAACCGUCACAAGAAAGGGUCGCCGCCCAGGCACAGCCAGGACAGAAGCCAUCAAUCUUCGGCUGACACAGAAGGAAAAGAGAAAGAGAGCCCAGAAAGAGCUUCUAAACUUCUACGCUUGGCAGCAUCGGAAUAAAAAGAAAGAACACCUGGCUGAGUUACGGCAGAAGUUUGAGGAGGAUAAGCAGAAGAUCGCACUGAUGAGAGCGCAGAGAAGGUUCCGACCUUACUGAAAGUCCUGUCUCUGCGGUUUAAUGUAUCCUGUUAUAUUAUACAGACUGGAAACACUGAUAGCAGAUGUACAUAUUACUUUUAUUCAUCAAUCCAUGACUGCAGUAUUUGUUUAUCUGGUAAAAGCAACAUGAAAGAUG